ACGGGAAGUGGCGGGUUCUGGCCGCUGCUUUUCCUUGUUCAAUGAAAAUUGCUUCAAAGCUGCUAUUGCUGCCGGCGCCCUUCCUGAGUCCGUCUUGGAGCACCAACCUCGGCAGGCCGGCCGGCCUCGCGCUGAGAAAAGAUGACAGCAAUCAAGCAUGCUCUGCAGAGAGAUAUCUUCACACCAAACGAUGAGCGCCUGCUGAGCAUCGUGAAUGUCUGCAAAGCUGGCAAGAAGAAGAAGAACUGUUUUCUGUGUGCCACAGUGACCACUGAACGCCCCGUGCAGGUGAAAGUGGUCAAAGUGAAGAAAUCCGACAAGGGAGAUUUCUACAAAAGGCAGAUUGCUUGGGCCCUGCGAGACCUUGCUGUGGUCGACGCCAAAGAUGCCAUCAAAGAAAACCCGGAAUUUGAUUUACAUUUUGAGAAAGUCUAUAAGUGGGUGGCCAGCAGCACGGCUGAGAAGAACGCCUUCAUCUCCUGCAUUUGGAAGCUGAACCAGCGCUAUCUCCGCAAGAAAAUCGACUUUGUUAAUGUUAGCUCACAGCUUUUGGAAGAACUGCCUAAAGUUACCGAAGAAUCUGUUCCAAGCGGAGAGAAUCAGAGUGUAGCGGGAGGGGAUGAAGAAGCGGUAGAUGAGUACCAAGAGCUAAAUGCAAGAGAAGAGCAGGACAUCGAGAUAAUGAUGGAAGGCUGCGAGUGCGCCAUCUCUAAUGCUGAAGCCUUUGCAGAGAAGUUGUCCCGAGAGCUGCAGGUGCUCGAUGGGGCCAACAUCCAGUCAAUCAUGGCCUCUGAGAAACAAGUGAACACCCUGAUGCAGUUGCUGGAUGAGGCGCUAACGGAGGUGGACCAGAUAGAACUGAAACUGAGCAGUUACGAGGAAAUGCUCCAGAGUGUGAAAGAGCAGAUGGAUCAGAUCUCUGAGAGCAACCACCUGAUCCAUCUCAGCAACACGAAUAAUGUGAAGCUCCUGUCCGAGAUAGAGUUCCUCGUGAACCACAUGGACUUGGCCAAAGGUCACAUAAAGGCCCUUCAGGAAGGAGAUCUUGUUUCUUCCCGAGGCAUUGAGGCCUGCACCAACGCUGCUGACGCCCUGCUACAGUGCAUGAACGUUGCUCUUCGCCCAGGCCAUGACAUGCUCCUGGCCGUCAAGCAGCAGCAGCAGCGCUUCAGUGACCUGAGGGAACAUUUCGCCCGGAGACUGGCCAGCCAUCUCAACAAUGUUUUUGUUCAACAGUUUACUCAGGCCCUCCUACAGCUCUAUAACAGGUCCUACUUUCUUUCGGUUCCUGGUCAUGAUCAGAGCUCAACUCUUGCUCAGCACUCUGUUGAACUGACUCUACCCAAUCAUCAUCCAUUUCAUAGAGACUUGCUCCGCUAUGCCAAGCUGAUGGAGUGGCUAAAGAGUACAGACUAUGGAAAAUACGAGGGACUAACAAAGAAUUACAUGGAUUAUUUAUCCCGACUAUAUGAAAGAGAAAUCAAAGAUUUCUUUGAAGUUGCAAAGAUGAAGAUGACUGGCACCUCUAAAGAAAGCAAGAAGUUUGCUACACUGCCUCGAAAAGAAAGUGCUGUCAAACAGGAAACAGAGAGUCUCCAUGGAAGCUCUGGGAAACUCACUGGAUCAACUUCUAGCCUGAAUAAACUCAGUGUUCAGAGCUCGGGCAGUCGCAGGUCCCAGUCGUCCUCCCUCCUGGACAUGGGGAACAUGUCCGCCUCUGACCUCGAUGUGGCUGACAGAACCAAGUUUGAUAAGAUCUUUGAACAGGUGCUGAGUGAACUGGAGCCACUGUGUCUGGCAGAACAGGACUUCAUAAGUAAAUUUUUCAAACUACAGCAGCAUCAAAACAUGUCCGCAUCAAUGACUGAAGCAGAAGACCUGGAUGGAGGCUCAUUAUCACGGCAGCACAGUUCUGGCACCCUGCUGCCUGUGUCCUCUGAAAAAGAUAUGAUUCGCCAAAUGAUGAUCAAAAUAUUCCGUUGCAUUGAACCAGAACUGAACAACCUAAUUGCAUUAGGAGACAAAGUAGAUAGUUUUAACUCCCUGUACAUGCUGGUCAAAAUGAGUCACCACGUGUGGACCGCACAGAACGUGGACCCAGCAUCUUUUCUAAGUACUACAUUAGGAAACGUUUUGGUGACUGUGAAGAGGAACUUUGACAAAUGCAUUAGUAACCAAAUAAGACAAAUGGAAGAAGUAAAGAUCUCAAAGAAAAGUAAAGUAGGAAUUCUUCCAUUUGUUGCUGAAUUUGAAGAAUUUGCUGGGCUCGCAGAAUCAAUUUUCAAAAAUGCUGAACGCCGUGGCGAUCUGGACAAAGCAUACACCAAAUUAAUCAGAGGAGUGUUCAUUAACGUGGAGAAAGUAGCAAAUGAGAGCCAGAAGACGCCCAGGGAUGUGGUCAUGAUGGAGAACUUUCACCAUAUUUUUGCAACACUUUCUCGUCUGAAAAUCUCAUGUCUUGAAGCUGAGAAGAAAGAAGCCAAGCAGAAGUACACCGACCACCUUCAGUCCUACGUCAUCUACUCUUUAGGACAGCCCCUUGAAAAGCUAAAUCAUUUCUUUGAAGGCGUUGAAGCUCGAGUAGCCCAGGGCAUUCGGGAGGAGGAGGUGAGCUACCAGCUGGCGUUCAACAAGCAAGAGCUUCGCAAAGUCAUUAAAGAGUAUCCAGGCAAGGAGGUGAAGAAGGGCCUGGACAACCUCUACAAGAAGGUAGACAAGCACCUGUGUGAGGAGGAGAACUUACUGCAGGUGGUGUGGCACUCCAUGCAAGAUGAGUUUAUCCGCCAGUACAAGCACUUCGAGGGGUUGAUAGCGCGCUGUUACCCUGGAUCUGGAGUUACGAUGGAAUUCACUAUUCAGGACAUUCUGGACUAUUGCUCCAGCAUCGCACAGUCCCACUAAACCUUAGGAAAGAGGAAAAAGAAGUGAGCAUGCAGUCUCAGUCCAGCAAACACUACGUAAAGAGUGAGCAGGUGCUUUGAGAAGCCAGAUCCAAGCAUUUCUGUUACUAAACGUCAGGUGACUGUGCAGUGCUCUACCCCAGAGAUCUCAAAGCAGAGCAGCAGCUGGCGGCUUGGUUUUAUUUGACAUCCAGGGGAUGCACUUAAGCAUUUAUCUCAUCAUGAAAAGCCUUCAGCACUUUCCAGGGACAGGCCAGGACAUUCUGCUUUACUGCCAGCUUCUUGUGUUUUCGAGCGGCUGUCCUNGGUGGANCAGUGGGANUUCUUCAGCACUCACUAUGCGCCAGUUGCUCACAAAUCAUGGAACUUGGAAAGCAUUGCACAGAAUUGUUUUGUCCCCUUGUCUAACAAGUGUGCAUAUGGAUGGGCAGGGGACCUGAUGUGAUAAUCGGCUACUAGCCUGGAUUGUAAGGAUUAUGUGACUCUGUAUAUUAAAUAAAGGACAUUAUUAAAAGUUGA